GACUCUGAAUUUCAAAUGCCAUGGAACUAAUAAAAUUGAUUUUGAUUUAUUUGAUAAAAAAGAACGAUAAAAAUAAUUUAAAUUUGCUUAAUUUCAUAACAAAAUUGAUUCUACAGAAUGACAAAGUCGACCUAAGCUGGAGAGAGUACUUGGCUCAACUUGGCGACCUCGAUGUUGAUAUCUACUACGAGUUCCUUGACUUUCCUAACAAACUAACGAGUAUAAGCGAAUUUGAUGACUUCUACGCUUCUCUAGAAUUACUAAUCCAACCAAGUCAAGAUGGCUUCUACGAUUCGCAGCAAAUCGAUCCAUUUAGUUUGUUUGGUUUAUUCGUCAGACAAUCGUUAAUGUUGAAGAACAAUCUCUCAUUCAAAGGUAAUCUAGAACUAUUUGAGGCCUUUCUAGAUUACGUCAAUAAUAAGAGUCCAUCUAUACCAAAACUAUCAAGUAAUAGCAACAACAAUGACGACGAUCACGAUGAGAUCUUGCAAAAUAAAGUUAAGACAUUCGACAACUUCCUCACCUCUAAUAAUCUCGGUGAUAUACAUAAAGGAAAUGAAAACUUGCGGAAAUUUUUCGACUACAGAUCAACCAAUUUCAAUGACGUGGUUGGCAUAGGAUCACACCAGCAUGCUUUAUUAUCGCUGGCAAGCUUCUAUUACUCAAACAACCUCAUUGAAGAAUCUAGCAGAUUACUCAAUGAAGCGAUCAUCAUUUCUAGAAUAUCGAAGGAUUUAGAGACACUUGAAAAGUCGAUAAAAUUAAGACGUUUACUCGGAAACCAAAAAACUUGUGUCGACAUCUACAAGUCCUCAACAGAGGAUCUCACCAUAAUGGAUGAAUUGAACGACAUAAAGUUGUCUCUUAAUCAAGUGAGUGUGAUCGUCCUCUUGAUGGCUGCUCUUUCUGACUAUUUUAAGGGAGAUAAAUUAUCAGACUUAUUUAUACGCUCAACAAGAGCUCUUAUACGCUUAGAGGAGAACACCGUCCAGGAUAAAGUAGAUGCAUCUCUCCAAACAUGGUCAACUAUAAAUGCAAUUUUGUGGGAUAUGGCUGGCGUCAAAUCAAUUAGAGAUAUCUACCAAGAUCUGUCACUAAAAGGUGAAACCUGGCAUACGUCAGCUCAGUUAACUUGUCGUAUAAAUAUUGCCCAUCAGUAUUCCCAAAAUGGAGAAUACGCGUCGGCUCUAGAUUGUCUCUUUAACCAGAAACUCUUAAGUGAGAUUAACUUGAGUGAUUACACAAUAUGGGCUAAUGCGAUCUGGUCUGUACUCAAGCAACGUUCAGAUAGAUUGGACAGACAAUGGACUGGUCCUGAUGUCGAAUCUUCAAAUGAUCAAGAGAUGGUCAAUAAGAUAGAGUCGCUCAUAGGCAAUUCAGUAGAAAACGAUGGCAACAGAGAUCUUGCACUUGAGCAACUUCUAUUGUCAUACAAAAUGGCUGACGACCGUCAAUAUUUGAAGUUGAAACUCAAAGCCCAAUUAGAGCUAGCUGGAUUUGAAACACGAUACAAUUAUGGCGUAAAUAUGUCAUCAAAUGAGGAUGAUUUACUAGCCAGAGCUCUGAAUUCUUCAGAUAAGCAAAUUGAAGCUCGAGCUUGUGUGAUAUAUGCUGAGAAAGCAAUAAAUGACGGUUCACUCAAACUUGCAAAAGACUUACUCUUACGCGCACAAGGAGUUUAUGAAAAGUUGGAAGAUAUCACAUCUCAAUCGGACUGUAUAUACUCUCUUAUAGGUGUACUAGAGAAUCUCUCUGAGGAUGUCAACAAUUGGGUGGAACGCCUACUUGAUUUAGAGAACAUGGAUAUCAAACAAAACGACCUAAUUGAAAAGAAAGUACGCUCAUUGGUUCAACAUUGGGGUAUAAUUAUAUCAUUAAGAGCAUAAAUAUGCAUGUAUUAUUAUUAAAUAAGUUAUUUCAUUUCAUUUCUUUUAUUGCAAGUUCAACACGCUUUUGAGUUUUUUCAUCCAAGUUGAACGAUUUCACGUAAUCUUUGAAUGCAAACAAUAAAAUAGAUAACGCAUUUUGGAUUUCUUGAACGCGUGUUGAAUAUUCCUUCAAAUGGUUUGAAUUUUUGGUUAAUUUUUCUAAAUCAAUUUGUAAUUCUUCGUAUGUUAAUAAAGUUGAUGUAACCUCAUGAAUUACUUGCGGUAUAUUGUGUUGAAUAAGACCAAAUUCAUCCUCUUGUAUAGAUGCAGCACCGAGAUAAGCCAAACCGAGUGAACAAAGUGAAACUAAUUUAAUAUCUGGUGCUAAUAAUCUAAUUUUAGCAUUAACGUUAGAUUCCUCAUUACCAUAGAUCGAAUUUUUGAGUGUUUUGACUAUCUCCGGUGAUAGUAUUUUAUCAAAUCCAAUACCUUGAUCAGCUGGAACGUUUUCAGUUUGCUUUGAAAACAUAGAUGCUUUCUUGUCGACUUGUACAUCCGCUAUGAAGUUGUCUACCGUUGAUUUAGGAUUACGUUUGAAUAUUUCUUGAUUAUCUACAACUCGCAAUUUACUGCUGCUUGUAGUAGCGUCAGGUGUACUAUUAACAACUGUUGGGGUUUUAUUGGUUGGAACACCCUUCGUUAACACCUUCGUACGUCCUUCAACGAGCUCUUGUACAGCAACAGAAAGGAUUUUAUCCCAUGAUGAUGGCUUCCUGUGUAUAUCCUUGUAUACUUCUUGACGGCGUUCUUGACUACUCGAGAACACCUUCACGAAUUCUAAAUACGCAAAAUAUUUGUAGUAGAAGUCGGUAGAUUGCAUUCCACUUAUGAGACAAUCUGUUGGAUUUGGGGCUAUCUUUGAGAUAAUAAUUGGAUGAACACUGUAGAUAUCGAACAAUGUGUUUGUAACUUCCCAAGACGACACUAAACCUAAUGCGAAUACUGUAGUGCGUAAGACUAAUCCGAAGGUGACAUUAUUUUGACGUAAAAGUGUGAAUAAGUGUGGUCUAAAUGUAGCCAAAGAAAGGCUUGCUACUGUCCUAUAAAUUGAUUUCUUGGUGAGGAGAUAGCUCGAAAGCACGGUGAGAACAACAAUGAGGGCGAAUUUCAUAGCCAUAGGAACAUUCCUUUUGAGAUGCGAUUGUGCUCUUGAUGAAAUAGACGAUGAAAGAUUAGAUGGGAAUCUAGUGACAAAGCGAUCAUUCCAAAGUUGACGGAGAGCGUAUACAGCGCCUAGUAAAGCUGCAUUUAAGAAGAGGAAUAUAAAACGCUCAUUGAAUUGCCAUCCACGACGUAUGUGGGAUGUGAAGGGUGUGAACCCAGCUUCGUCCUCGUAUGCACUCAGGCAAGAGAUAUAGACAGCGCCAUAUGCAAUUGCAGAGAAUGCAUAGGUUACUGCAAGAUUGUAUGUCUUCUGAUCGAGGAGGAGUGCUUUAAGGUGUUUAGAAGGGCCAACUGGAGCAGGUUGAGACUUUGUUAGAAGGGCCAAUUUACGGGUUAUAAUGACCGGAAUAUCUGCUAGUAUGAAAGCUAAUAGAGCAAAUAAUAUUCUCUGUAAUCCAAAUGGUGAUAAAAUAAUGCUGAAGCCGUCUCUAACGUUUGAAGUAGAUAAUGCAAAAAUAGCUAUCUUAGAUACCAAUGAGAGCACUAAUACACGGCUCAUACGCUUCCGCAAAACGAGCUUGCAGAGUGUGGCAUAUGUCGUAUUAGAUACACCACUAUCUGGUUUCCGUAUCGUCAAUUUCGAAGCUGGCCUGGCCUGCAUUUCAAUCUUGG